UGUAAUUAACAUGAUGUUUAUGUAUUCUUUUUGUAGGCUAAAGAGUGGCUUUGCCUCAACUGCCAGAUGCAGAGGGCCCUUGGAUUUGAAGAACCACCUACCCCAUUCAUAUCCAGCAAAAUUCCCACACCAUCUCCAUCCCCUGUCAAGCAAAGUUCAUCAACAGCACAAAAGAAGGAGAUUACACAGAGUAAAACCUUACACCCAUCCUCCGGUCAGCAAAGCAAACAUCCAGAGGGUCAUAAAACACCUGGACAGGACAGUUCAACUACAGCAAAAGAAACCACAUCAACUCCGCAUCUACAACAAAAGCCAACUCAGCAGCAAAAAGUAAAGGAUGCCCCAUCACCUGCAAAGGCUGAACCACGAAAACAACCUGAACCACCCAAGGAGCAGUCUGGAUUUUUUGGUUUCAGAUCUCGUUCACCAUCUCCUCAGCCUCCAGUCUCUGCUGUAUCUGGGAAAGUUUUAGGCUUUGGCUCCUCCCUUUUCAGCUCUGCAUCCAAUCUGAUUUCAUCGGCUGUUCAGGAUGAGUCUUCCACGAUGCAGCCAACUUUGCAUAAAGCUUCUAGUGAUUCCCAAACCUCUCACAGGUCCACAACUCCAGCAUCAUGCAAAGCAUCAGAGGACUCUAAGGACUCUCCAAAACUUCCUAAAACCCCAAAACAAGAGCAAAAGAAAACUGAAGUAGCUCAGCCAACCAAUGCCACUGUAAACCAAACGAAAGAGAAAUUGAUUUCUUCACCAUCCCCAAAAGCCAGCCCGAAACCCCUUCCCAAAGCUUGUCCAAUCUGCAAAGUGGGUCUCAAGAAAGAGCCUCCAAAUUACAAUACCUGCACUGAGUGCAAAACCGCUGUGUGUAACCAAUGUGGUUUCAAUCCCAUGCCUCAUCAAGCAGAGGGGAAAGAAUGGCUUUGUUUAACCUGCCAGACACAAAGAGCACUAAAAAGGGUAGAACCACAAAGGUCUCCUGUGAUGAAGUCCCACCCUCAGCACCCUGAAGCCACAACCCAAAAGAAGGAUUCUACUACAGGUCCCACAUCAAAACAGACCACCCUCCAACCAAAAGAGAUUAGUUGUUCCAACCAGACAGUUGAUCAGAAAGAAGGAACUAGUAAACAGCAACAUAGUUCAACAGUAACAAAACUGACUAAUGAGAAUAAUGAGCAGACAGCAAAAACUGACCUACCUUCUACUCAGUCUGAACCAUCAUCAAGGGCAGAACCUUCUCAAGAAGAGACAGGUUUUUUUAAUUUUGGGUUUGGUGGUGUGCGUUCUCGAUCACCAUCUCCUCAGGUAGCUAACUCUUCUGUUUCUGGAAAGGUUCUUGGCUUUGGCUCCUCCUUACUCAGCUCAGCAUCUAACCUGAUCCCAGCAGCUGUUCAGAAUGAGCCUUCCACCACACCACCAACUUCUCGAAAGGGAUCUACAGUGUCUCAAACCUCUGACAAUGCAACCAGUACAAAAUCACAAAAAGGACCUGCAGCAUCAAAAAAUGAUGCCAAAAUAUCCUCAAUGAGGUCAGAAAAUAAAUCAUCAACUGCUGAUAAGGAUAAGACACCAGGACAUCAGCAGAGUAAGGCACCCCUAUCUCAAGAAAAGAUACCAGAACAUUUGCCAAAAAUAGAUAAAGAUUCUCAGCAUUUUCCCAAAGCUUGUCCACUCUGUAAAGAAGAGCUUAGACAGGAUCCUCCCAACUACAAUGUCUGCACUGAAUGCAAAAAGUAUGUGUGUAAGCUUUGUGGAUUCAACCCUAUGCCUCAUCAGACAGAGGUGACAGAGUGGCUUUGUCUGAACUGUCAAAUGCAAAGAGCUCAUGAUAAUGCUCCAGUGGUGCCCCAGAAAAUAUCUGUACAACCCCAUUCUUCACCAAAGGCAGAAAUGGCUCCAUUGUUACAACAGAAAGAAGCUUGUGCUGUGGACUCUACAAAGAAUACAACUAACCCUAUAACAAGAGCUCCACAGAAAGACAAUAAAUUUGGGGCCGUUCAGAAAAUAGAGCAAGAGCAAACGGAGGCACCAAAUGACUCACUUCCUCUACACAAACAACAGCAGCUAGAAAUUGGGAAACCGAAGGGUGAUACAUCAAAGACAGACAAGUCAGAAACCAAGCAUGAAUCAGGUUUCUUUGGUUUUGGUUUUGGUGGUGCUCGAUCACGAUCACCGUCUCCCAAGCCUGCUGCCUCUGCAGUUUCUGGAAAGGUUCUAGGCUUUGGUACAUCCUUCCUCAGCUCAGCCUCUAAUCUGAUCUCUUCAGCUGUUAUGGAUGAGCCUUCCACGACACCACCAGCCUCUCGUAAAGGUUCAUCUGUCUCGCAAAGUUCUAUUAGUUCUACUACACCACCAUCCUCUCGAAAAGGUUCUGCAGUUUCACAGACUUUGUCCAAAUCAACACCACUCACUUCCCAUAAGGGUUCAUCAGUUUCACAGACAUCUUACAAGACUGGCUCUUCAGCCACAACACCAGUUACUUCACGCAAAGGGACUGACAAUUCCCAGGACAUAACAAAGGAGACCAAAAAAUCUUCUAAUGAAAAGGCAGAAGAAAAGAAAUUCCAUGAAUCACAGUCAUCUGAAACAACAUCUGAAAAAGUUAAGGACUCUGAAGGUGUUGAUAAGUCAUCUCAGCAGCUACCAAAAACUUGUCCACUUUGCUUAACAGAUAUAAACAAAGAUCUCCCAAACUAUAGCACCUGUAAUGAAUGCAAGAGCAUUGUGUGUAACCUCUGUGGAUUCAGCCCCAUGCCUCAAGAAACAGAGAUAAUGGAGUGGCUCUGUCUGAACUGCCAUACAAGACGAGCAUCAGGAAUUUCUUCUAUGCAGUCUAGCAAAAUCCCUCCAACAUCAUCUUCUCAAAAUAUGAAGACUUCUGUGUUAGAACACUCUAAGAAGAAGAAAGAUCUUCUUGAUAAAACUAUUCAAAAAGGCCAGACAACUGCUGAGAUAAAACAAAAAAAUGAAAUAUCUGCUGCAGCAGUGGAAAAGCAGGUCAAUCAGCAGCAGUCUACUCUACAACACAAUGUGGAGAAAUCUCAAAAGACUUCGAAAGUUGAGCCCUCUCCUGCCAUGGAUAAACCCCUUCAAGAAAACUCAGGAUUCUAUGGCAUUGUUGGUGCUCGAUCUCAAUCACCAUCCCCUCAGCCUGCUGUCUCUGCUGUUACUGGGAAGGGUUUAGGAUUUGGUUCUUCCUUUUUCAGCUCUGCAUCUAAUCUCAUCUCAUCGGCUUUUGAGGAUGAAUCUUCCAUGACACUCCCAACCUCUCGCAAAGAUUCAUCAGUCUCUCAAAGUUCCAUUAGGUCCAGUACACCACCUCCAUCCUCCCGCAAAGGUUCUGGAGUCACGCAGGCCACCAUACUACAAGGGGACUCUCAGAAAAAGCAGACAGAUAUACAUAAAUCACAGAUUAUAGACAACAAAGAAGGAAAGAAACCUGAGGUACCAAAACAGGGAAAGGAGCCCCCAAAUCCAGAUGAAUCCAAGCCAGAGCCAUCAAAAGUGAAAGAAUCCUCUCACACUCUCCCGAAAUACUGCCCUCUCUGCAAGGUGGAGAUCAAGAAUGAGCCUCCCAACUAUAACACCUGCACUGACUGCAAAAACAUUGUAUGCGUACAAUGUGGAUUCAAUCCUUCACCACACCAAACAGAGAGGAUGGAGUGGCUGUGUUUGACCUGCCAAAUGAAGCAAACAUCAGGAGUUCCUCAACAAUCACAGGCUAACAAAGUACCACUAUCUGUCUUAAAACAGAAUAAAGAGCCUCUAAUUCCAGCAAAGGCUAAGACAUCACUUGCUGAUGGAAAACUACAUGACAAUCAAAGUGAAGCUGAGAAAAAGCAAGAUAGCCCUACAAUAAAGCAUAAUGUGCAAAGUCAGCAUCCUAAGCAACAGCCUCAACAAACAAAAGAUGGAAUUUCCAAACCAGCUAAAUCAGAGCCUCCUAAUAAGAAUUCAGACUUUUUUGGUUUUGGUAGACGAUCUCGAUCACCAUCCCCACAGCCUGCUCUUUCUGGAAAAGUUUUAGGUUUUGGUUCUUCAAUCUUCAGCUCAGCAUCUAAUCUAAUAUCCUCUGCUGUUCAAGAUGGAACCUCUCCAACACCAUCAACUUCACGCAAGGGGUCUACUGCUUCUCAAACUUCUGAAAAUACUAUACCAAUAGUACCUGAUCCUAGCAAGAGAUCUGAAAUGUCCAACACUACACUGCCAGCUUCUAGUACAGUAUCUUCCCAAGACUCUCCUCAGGAGAAAUCUAGUAAUUUAACAAAACCACUAACUAAACAUGAGCAAGAAAGAAAAAUACUGGAAAUGAAAUCACAGGGGGGAAACUCUACACCACUUCAGGCACCCAUUUUGAAGGAUGGAACUCCAUCGGAUGCCACAAAAACUACAGAAUCCAAUCAGGCUCUACCCAAAGUCUGUCCAAUGUGCAAGGUAGAAAUCAAGAAGGAGCCUCCUAACUACAACAUCUGCACUGAAUGCAAGAAUGCAGUGUGUAACCUUUGUGGAUUUAACCCAAUGCCUGACAAAACAGAGAAGAAAGAGUGGCUAUGUCUGAAUUGCCAGAUGAAACGAACAUCAGGAGCUCCAAAGCCAACUCAGCCAAAACCUACGAAAGUCCCUGCACUAUCAUCACCACAAAAGGAUGUUCAAGCUAAAGUUUAUCUGCAAAAACUUUCUCCACAGCAGGGCUCAAAAGGUGACACAUCACCAAAGCCUGUUAUUUCCAAAACUGAAAUCUCUAAAGAUGAAUCAGGCUUUGGGCUUACUCAUGACCAGUCCCAGUCUCAAUCUCCUAAACGUGCUGCAUCAGCUAUAUCAGAAAAGGGUUUAGGCUUUGGCUCUUCCAUCAUCAGCAGAGCAUCUGAACUUAUUUCUUCAGCUGGUCAGGAUGAAGCAUCUAUGACACCACCAUCUUCUCAUAAAAGUCCUGCAGAGUGUGUGUCACAUGAAAAAACAUCAACACCACCUGUUUCACGCAAGGUACCUGCAGUUUCUGAUAAAGAGUCAAAAUCAAUUACUCAACAACCAAGAACCGAGAAGAAAAUAUCAGAGCUUCAGACCACCAAAGGUGAAGCGAAAGAAGGUGACAGUUUAUCAGCUUGUCCACUGUGCAAUGAGAAAUUCAAAAAUAACCCACCAAAUGUAAACACUUGUACAUCUUGCAAGAUGACUGUGUGUAAUCUCUGUGGAUUUAACCCCAUGCCAGAUCAAACUGAGGUGAAGGAGUGGUUAUGUUUGAACUGCCAGAUGCAGCAAUUAUCAGCUUCACCUGCACAGCCAGAGGCUAAAAAGAUGCCACUUGGACCAGCAGAGUGGAUGGAAACUCCAGUUGCAUCUGAGAAGAAAUCAACUCUUUCAGUAGAUGUCACAGACAACAAUAAAAUCCUUCCUGAAGUUGGAAAAUCAGAGGACCAACCCUUUGUGCCAGCAUCACAGAAUCCCACUUCUACUUCUUUAAUAUCACAGCCUUCUCCUGAUAAGUCUUCUCAACCUCCAAAAGUUGAGACUCCAAAAGAGGAUAAGAGUUCAGGUGUUUCUCAAACUUCUGCAAAGGCUGCAUUAGUUUUGCCUGCAUCUGUAGAAACUGUUACCUCUGGGAAGACAAAAUCACCUACUGUUCAGAAGCAAGAAGAAAUGAAACCUGCAGAUGAAGCACAAAAUGCUCAGUCUGCCAAAGCACCAUCUGCUCUUGAAAAAGUGGGUGCAAAUUUUUCCACACUUCAAAAAGGCUGUCCAAUCUGCAAGGAUAUAUUCAAGGAAGAUCCUCCAAACUACAAUACUUGUAAUUCCUGCAAAGCCAUUGUGUGUAACCUUUGUGGUGGAUUGAACCCCAGGGCAGAAAUAACUGAGAAGAAGAACUGGCUGUGUGUGAACUGCCAGAGGCAGCAAGCACCAGUACCUCUUUCUGCAAAGGCAAAGGAAGUACCUCUUACAGAAUCAGAGAAGGAGGUUCCAAGUCCAGGUCCUACAAAGAAAAAGACAAGUAUUCCAGUGGGUGAUACAGAGUAUGAUCAGAUACCCACAAUAAAUGGAAAACCUUAUGACAAACUCACUUCAGAAAAGACCCCAAAAGCGACUACUAGUGUGGCAGAACAGUCUUGUGUUGAGUCUGGCGACCCACAAAAUACAAAACCUCCAGAGAAACAGUCUGGCCUCUUUGGUUUCAGUUUUGGUGGUACUAAAUCACGACCACCAUCUCCUCAGCUGGCUGCCUCUGCAGUUUCAGGGAGAGUUCUAGGCUUUGGUUCAUCCUUCCUCAGCUCAGCCUCUAAUCUGAUCUCUUCAGCUGUUCAGGAUGAACCAUCCAUCACACCACCAACCUCUCAUAAGGGUUCUACAAUUUCUUUAAAAAACACUACAACACCUCCUUUGUCCCGCAAGAGUUCAGCAGCAUACCAACAUGGGAAAAAGAAAGAAAUAGAAAAUAAAUUGCAAGACCAGGUGGCAAAGGAAUCAGUUCCUCUUCAGAAAAAGGAUACAGCUUGUUUAGGGCUUCUCAAAGUUUGUCCACUCUGUAAGGCUGACCUCAAGGAUGAUCCACCCAACUGUAACACCUGCACACAAUGUAAAACUAUUGUGUGUAACCUUUGUGGAUUUAGUCCUAUUCCACAAGAAACUGAGGUGUUAGAGUGGCUGUGUUUGAGCUGCCAAAUACAGAGAGCCUCAGGACCUCCUGCAAAAACCCAGUCAGAGGUUAACAAGGUACCAUCUCCAACAUUACCAAAGGAAAAAGACACUUCUGCUGCAGGUGUUCUACAGAAGAACCCAAGUCUUCCAGUAAAUGCCAAAGAUGAGAAGCCAUCUAGAGUUGGAAAACCAGUAGAUAAACCUAUUAAAACAGAAUCCCACCAAGACACUGCUCCCUCAACUCAACCUUCUCCUGCAAAAUCUGUGCCACCACAAACAGUUGAAAAGGAUGAGUCAAACUUGUUUGGUUUCAGUUUUAGGGGUACUCGAUCACGGUCACCAUCUCCUCAGCCUGACAUCUCUGCUGUUUCUGGAAAGGUUCUAGGCUUUGGCUCCUCCUUUCUCAGUUCUGCAUCUAAUCUGAUCUCAUCAGCUGUUCAGCAUGAGCCUUCUACAACACCACCAACAUCCCAUAAAGGAUCUACAACUUCUCAAACUUCUGUAAAGAUUACUCCAACUCAAUCUACUUCUCACAAGAAGCAAGAGGAAAAGAUAGAAUCAGAAACCAAAUUGGAAGUCCAGUUGCCAAAGGCAGAUACACCUCUCUCAGAGUCACUUGGAGCUUGCCUAAUUUGCAAGGCUAACCUUAAGAAGGAUACACCUAACUACACUACCUGCACUGAAUGCCAGAAAACAGUGUGUAACCUUUGUGGAUUCAGUCCUGUACCUCAAGAAACCGAGGGUAAGAAAUGGUUAUGUUUGGACUGCCAGAAGCAGCAAGCACCAGGGCCUCCACUUAUACAGCCUCAACUAGAGACAAACAAGGUAGCUCUGCCAGCACCAAAGCAGAAAGCUCAAACUACAUAUGAUCCACAAAAGAAGCCAAAUCUGUCAGUUGAUGCCACAAUAAAAUCUGUUGAAGUUGUAAAAGAAGAGAAUAAAUCUAGUCCAUCGGAGUCACAGAAACCCACUGCUGUUCAGUCAGCACAACACUCCUUUCCUGACACACCUGCUAUACUAAAAAAAGCUGACACUUCAAAGGAGGAGACAAGCUUUUUGAGUGUUGCCGGUGCUAAGUCACCAUCUCCUCAGCCUGAUGUCGCUACAGUUUCUGGGAAGGUUCGAGGCUUUGGCUCAUCCUUAUUUAGCUCAGCAUCUAUUUUGAUUUCAUCAGCUCUUCAAGAUGAACCUUCUACCACACCACCAACUUCUAGAAAGGGUUCUACAAUUGCUCAGAAAUCUGAAAAAGAAAAAUAUGUUUCUCAAAUAUCAGAAGAAGACACUCCAACACCACGUACAUCGCACAAGGGGUCGAUAGCACAUAAAGAAGAAGAAAAGACAGAAAUGAAAAUCACAUCAGAUGACCAGUCAACUGUGUCACCUUCUCUUCUCAAAAAAGAUGAUCAUCUUAAUAAGCCUCUUAAGCCUUGUGCACUGUGCAAGGUGGCUCUCACGAAAGAUCCACCCAACUAUGACACCUGCACUGAAUGUAAAACCACUGUGUGUAAUCUUUGUGGAUUUAGUCCUAUGCCACCACAAACUGAAAUGAAAGAAUGGCUUUGUUUGAACUGCCAGAUGCAUCGAGCACCAGGUGCUCCAUCUAUACAGCUUCAGCAACAUGCUAACAAAGUACCACCACCAGCUUCACCACAACAGAAGGCAAAAUCUCUUGUUGGAAAGCCAGAGGAGAGAACUACUCAAGUAGAGACAAAGAAAUCCAUUUCAACACCUUCAAAACAACAAUCCAUUGCUCCAACACCAAAAGUUGAACCUUCAAAGAAGGAGCCCGGCUUCUUUGGAUUUGGUGGUGCUCGUUCUCGAUCUCCAUCUCCUCAGCCAGCUGUCUCUGCGGUUUCUGGAAAAGUUCUAGGCGUUGGUUCUUCUCUCUUUAGCACAGCAUCUAAUUUAAUUUCUUCAGCUGUUCAUGAUGAGCCUACAACACCACCAACACCUCGUAAGGGCUCUGUUACUUCUCACACUUCUGUAAAGACCACACCAGGAACUCCUCCUACUUCUCAGAAACAAUCUGUAGAGCCAGAAAAAUAUCAGACUAAAGAUACCAAAACUCAAGCCGAAGAGGAAAAAACUCCUGCUGCAAAGAAACAUCAGAAUAAACUUAAUGAAAAGCAAGUCAAAAUGACUAAGGUAACAGAUGAAUAUCCAAAAAUGGAAGAAACUGCUAAGCAUCAGAAUCUUGCAUGUCCUCUCUGUAAGAUAGCACUUAAUGUUGGAUCAACUGAAACACCUAACUACAAUACCUGCACGGGGUGCAAGGACAUAGUGUGCAACCGCUGUGGAUUUAACCCCAUUCCCCAUCAGACUGAGGUUUAUGAAUGGCUGUGCCUAAGCUGUCAAACACAGAGAGCAUUAAAGGGAAUUGAACCACAAGAACCACAAGCAAAACCAGAUAUUGUAUCAACUUCAACAACGGUUCCAAGCAACAUCAUACCCAAAACAGCAACUGAUGCUUGUGAAACCAACAAAAAGGAUCUAACUCAGGUUCAGGCACCUCAGAAAGAUGUCCCUGCUGCAGAUCAAAAUAAAGUUUCUAAUCUAACUCCUGUUCAAAAUGAUAACAUUUCAAAUACAGACACAACCAAAGUGAAUGAUGCUCUAAUUGACAUGGUAGUUAAAAAAUCCCAGGGAAAAGAAACUCUUGCUGACACUAAAGAAGGGACUCCAAUAAAAGAUAUGCUGCCUUCUGAGUCAACAGCUGUCAUGGGGGAUCAAAAAUCUACAGUUCCACAGAAAACUGGAAUUGACCAAGAAUCAACUGGAAAGACAACUGACAAUAACUCAGAAAUUCUGGAGAAACCUGAGCAAUCACAAUCUAAAUCCUCUGCACCAGAAUUAGACAACUCAAAGCAGGAAUCAGGCUUCUUUGGGUUUGGAUUUGGCAGUACUAAAUCACAAUCUACACCAACCAAACCUGCUGACACAAGCACAGGGAAAGUCUUUGGUUUUGGUGGUUUGACUGAGACACCCUUACCACAAUCUGGCUCUUCUGUUUCUGGGAAGGUUUUAGGUCUUGGAUCUUCCAUCUUCAGCUCAGCUUCUAAUUUGAUCUCAUCAGCUGUUCAUGAUGAGUCCUUCACAACACCACCAAGUUCUCGUAAGGGUUCCACUGUUUCCCAGACAUCUGUCAAAACAGCCACACCACCCUCUUCCCGUAAAGGGUCAACAGUUUCCCAAGCAUCUCUUAAAACACCGCCGACUUCUCGUAAGGUUUCUGCUGCUUCCCAGCCUUUCUUCAAGACCUCCCCUACUGGAGACACUAAACCAUCUGAUUCACAAAAACAAGAUGAAAAGGCAGCAGAUGAAAAGUCAAAGAUCAAGCUAGAUGUAGCAUCUUCAGUACCUGCCAAACCACCUCAUUCACAGAAACAAACUGAAAAGACACCAGAUGAGAAGUUAGAAGUCAAAUCAUCUGCUCCUUUGCAAUCAGCCUCUAAACCGGCUCAGUCUAGUUGUCCUAUCUGCAAAGUGAAGCUGAAUGUGGCCUCUGAAGACCUGCCUAAUUUCAACACUUGCACUAAAUGUAACAACAAUGUAUGCAAUCAGUGUGGAUUUGAUCCCAUGCCAAGUCAGACAAUGGUGAGGAAAUAA